AUGAAAGGUAACGCGUCAAAUCCAGUAGUUCUAUACUGGCACAGGACCGAUCUGCGGCUACAUGAUUCUCCAGCUUUGCAUGCAGCCUUGGCUCUGAAACCAUCUGUCUUCAUCCCAGUCUGGACCUGGGAUCCUCACUAUGUCUACCGAGCACGAGUAGGCCCGAACAGAUGGCAGUUUCUUCUAGAGUGUCAGGCAGACCUCUCGAAAGCAUACACCAAGCUUAAUCCAAAGCAAAAGCUGUGGAUCGUUCGCGAAGGGCCGCAGACUAUUCUUCCCAAGCUUUGGAAACACUGGGGUGUCACACACCUUGUAUUUGAGAAGGACACGGAUUCAUAUGCCAAGGACAGAGACAUUGAUGUCAUCAAGAUGGCCGAAAAGUCUGGUGUUGAGGUUAUUGUGCAAAUGGGACGCACGUUGUUUGAUCCUGAUGAGGUUGUUCAGAAGAACGGCGGCAAGCCGACAAUGAGUAUCACACAGCUCGAAAAAGCAGCUGAAAAGAUCAACAAGGGCAGCCCGGACAAACCACUCGAAACUCCCAAGAGUAUUCCCGACCCAUGGGAUGAGAAAAAGAUGAAUAUUAGUAGUCUGGAUCAUGACCGGGUUGAUCAUGAACCGGACUUCAACUCAGAGCACCGCAUCAAGGAAGAUGCCCAAUACUCCCAAUUGAUGGGCCCGAAGAAUGACUUUGGAGUUCCAACUUUUGAAGAUAUGGGAAUGGAUAAGUCAGAAGCUGUGACUCCUCACCGAGGAGGCGAGACAGAAGCCUUGAAAGUCCUCGGAGCAUGUAUCAAAAACGAGGACUAUAUCGGAAGGUUUGAAAAGCCAAACACCUCACCAGCGGAUUUCGAACCGCAAUCAACAACGCUAUUAUCGCCUCACCUUCACUUCGGCUCAUUAUCGGUACGAAAGUUCUGGUGGGAUGUCCAAGACGUUCUUGCCAAAAGAAGAAAAGAGAAAAAGCCAAACUCAUCGGUUCCAACCAGCCUGGAAGGUCAACUUUUAUUCCGGGAUAUGUACUUCGCAGCCCAAGCAGCGCUUGGUCACGAAUUUGAUCGUACCGACGGAAACCGAGUUGCUCGAUUCAUCGAUUGGCACUUAAAAACAAACCCUGCCAAACAAGAUGGCUCAAUCGAGGGAUCUUACGAAGUAGACUCGCAAGACGCAGAGGAAUGGUUUCAGCGCUGGAGGGAAGGCCGUACUGGAUUCCCAUGGAUCGAUGCCCUCAUGCGCCAGUUGAAACAAGAGGGCUGGAUUCAUCAUCUGGGAAGACACAGCGUUGCUUGCUUUUUGACGCGAGGCGGAUGCUACGUUAGCUGGGAACGUGGCGCGGAGGUUUUCGAAGAGAUGCUGAUUGACCAUGAAACUGCAUGUAAUGUAGGAAACUGGAUGUGGCUCUCCUGCACUGCAUUCUACGCUCAGUACUACAAGUGUUACUCGCCGAUAUCAUUUGGAAAGAAAUGGGACCCCGAGGGGCAUUUGGUCCGACGGUAUUGCCCGGAGCUGGCCCAAUUCGACAAGAAAUAUAUUUAUGAGCCGUGGAAAGCGCCCAUUGCAGACCAGAAGAAGUUUGGCUGUCGGGUGACCGGAGAUGGCACUUCUUCGUCGACCGACAAUGGCACCGAGCAUACCUAUCCCAAACCCAUGUUCGAUUUUGAUGAGCGGCGGAAGAUUUGCCUCGAUGGCAUGAAACAUGCAUAUGGCAUUGGUCUUUAUGGCAAUGAUGAGAAAGUCAAGAAUGGCACUUGGAAAAAGGAGUUUGGGGAAGAGGAUAGGCCAGCAAAACGACAGAAGACCUGA